CUUGUGCAACCAACACCACCACCUCCUCCAUUGAUUCACAGACUUCAAAUUCCCCCACAAGCAGCCCAUCAGCUUCCACAGUGAUCAGAUUAAUAACAACAAUAGCCUGUGAUCACACGGGGGGAGAUAACCAGCGCUGCUCGUCCUCCGCGGGAUACUUGGAUAGCUACAGCAACAGGAUCCAUCCCUGCUCCUCUCUCCUUUUUUCCACGCCUGAUCCACACCUGUUUUUCACUUUGAGAAAACCCGCUGAUUUUUUUGUGUGUAUUUGUGGAUACCUGCGCGUUGUCCUUUAUAAAUGUCGGACUGAAUAUAACUGCUAUGACAGGGAAACUAGCGGAGAAGCUCCCUCUUACCAUGAGCAGUUUAAUAAACACGAUCCCUGACAGUCUCUACCCAGAAGAGGACAUCCCGACGUCUAUGAAUAUUUUCACCAAUACGGAAUCUAUUAACCACUAUUCGCAGAUGAACACAGAUAAUAUCAUGGAUCUGGGCAUGGGAAGCGAGAAAGCAGCCGGAGAGAUUCAGUAUGGAUCCAGCUUCCAGUCCAACCGCAGCGGGCAGACUGUCACCUAUCUGGGGAAGUUUGCCUUUGACACUCCUCCGUCAGGUGGCAUUGGUGGCUCUGGCUGGUGCUCUGAUAACAAUAUCAUCAGUCUUGUCAGUGCAGGGAUCCUGGGCGUUUCUCCAUCACCCGGCACGGUAACAACACAGACAUCAUCCUCCGCAGCCAGCAUGGGCGGACAGACGUCAGAUAUGGAGCAGGUAUAUGGUCCGCCACUGCCUGCCUAUUCCACCUGCAGCGACCUGUACCAGGACCAGGUCUCCUUCCACCACAGCCCUGCCACCAGCACAGCCCUAGCCUACCCUGGCAAUGACUAUCACUCCACAUCCAAAGCCUCCAUGGAUGGCAGCCUUUUCUCCAUGAUUCCUGACUACAACCUUUUCCAUCAUCAGGGGGAGGUUGGCGUGAUGGAGCACAAGCCCUUCCAGACCAUGGACCCCAUCCGAGUCAACCCUCCGCCCAUCACACCCUUGGAGACCAUCAGAGCGUUCAAAGACAAGCAGCAGAUUCACCCAGGUUUCAUCGGCGGGCAGCAGCACCCUCCUCAGCACCACCCACCGCCACAGACUCUUACCCUCAAACCCAUCCGACCACGGAAGUACCCCAACCGUCCCAGCAAAACCCCCGUCCACGAACGGCCGCACGCCUGUCCGGCAGAGAACUGUGACAGACGCUUCUCGCGCUCAGACGAGCUCACACGUCACCUUCGCAUCCACACAGGUCACAAACCCUUCCAGUGCCGAAUAUGCAUGCGCUCCUUCAGCCGGAGCGACCACCUGACCACGCACAUCCGCACGCACACGGGCGAGAAACCCUUCUCCUGUGAGUUCUGUGGACGCAAGUUUGCCAGAAGUGACGAGCGAAAGAGACACGCAAAGGUUCACCUGAAACAGAAGGACAAGAAGCCAGCUGACAAGAGCAGUGGGGCAGCUGGGAGCCACAGCUCGCCACCCAGCUCCUGUGGGGGGCCGACAGUGGGAACGUCAUGACCGUCACUACGUGCACUUGGACUGGACCCUCACCAUGCCCCAUAAAGAGACUUAGGAAGAAGGGAUCACGUCCACUAUGACAUAAAUAGGUGACUCUUUUCCUCUCUUUUACAUCCCACCGCUCUUUUCAGUUCCUUCUAUUUUGAGAUGGAUGCCUUUAGUUUAAGUGAGAGGGGAAAGGCUGCUACGCCCUUCCCUUCCAACUAACUCAGAGCCUCAGCUACUGUAACACAGUGCCAACACAAAGAAGGGCACCAUGGCACAUUCUGUCCAAAAGGCCACUGUGUAUCUAUAGGUUUUGGGGUGGAUACACUUUUGUAAAUUUUACUGAGAAUUUCUAAAUUGGAAGGAAGCCAGAAUCCAUCACAGGAGUCAAAACAGACAAAAUUACAAUGGAGCUUAGUUGAAGGGUGAGUUGUCUGGGAGGUAUGCAUUAAUUUUAUUAGGCUGUUUAAAAGUGCAAUUGGUUAUAUUUGUGUAUUGUCAUGGAUACCUUAUUAGUGGCACUUGACUGUCUUUUUGUUGUUGUUUUUUUUUAGUUGAAGUGUCGUGUUUUUAUUUUCUAUUUGAAUGUUGUUUUCUCAAAAGAAUGUGCCAAAUGUAUUGUGGUGAUACAGCCAACCUUGUUCUUAUUAUCGUGCCUGACAUUUGCCAAACAUAAAAGUGACAUCAGCUUAGCACACAUGUUGACUUAAAAGAGAGAUCAGAUUCAAACAACGUAUCUCGGAUUUAGAUUUAUCUGCACAAUUCGGUUAAAUCUAGAUAAUGACUGAAUGGGUCACACAAAGCAAACAGUGUUGUGUCCUGUAACCUGUACUUAGAAAACAAACAUGCCUGCAGCAAUCAAUGCCUUUGCCAAUACUUAUUUAUUUGUAGUCACUGAGAGACACUGUGUAUUUCUGUUGCCUUUUUAUAUGGUGGCUUUAUGUGGUGUUACCAGAUAUAAUUUCAGUUGCUUUUUUGGAAAAGCUCACCAAUACUGUUCAUUUUUUCAGUUUUCUUGAGUUCUGCAAUUAUAUGCAAUAUAUUCAUGACAUAUGCCACCAACCCGUAAAUCAAAUUAACUAAGAGCACAGUUAGACAGACUGAACGACUUAAAUAAACGACACUGGGUUGCAAAACCAGCAGUACAUGAACGCAGAGAUGAAUAAGGAUUCACAAUGUAAAAAGACUAAACUUCUUGGUUUAAGUCGCCAAAAGACGAGCAGCAUUUGGGAAGAGAAAAAUUAAAGUGUCCAAAUCCAUGUUUACAUCUUUUCUAAUACAGCGAGACUGAGACUGAGUUGUAAACUAAGGAGUUGUUGUUUUUGUACAGUAUACAAACAUGUAUGCAGGUAGCUACAGUAGAAGUUUCACUUUUGUACUCAAAUGUCAAAUGCACCAUAACUCAGUAUUAAAUUGUGCAUAUAUGUGCAUGCCUUCAUGCACACUAUGUAAAUACAAAUGUCUGCAUAAACAAGAACUUUCAAUUGACUGAAUGCUUGUGCGGAAUGUGUCUUAAAGCUUUUAGUAAUGUAGUUAUAAUACAGAAUAUUUUGUUGUCAUAGGUCAUUGCAAAAAAUUUUUGGAGCACUACAGUAGUGCCAAAUAUGGUGUUAUCUUCCAUAAAAGAAAAAAGAAUAAUAGCAUUUGCACCAUCUGUACGCUUUAAAGUGGUAACUGGUUUAAGGAAGCACUAAUGUGUUCUCUGAAUAAACAGCAAGAUUUUUUUUUUACAUUUUGUGAAUCUCCAUUAUAGUCGCAAUCAGUUAUUUCAAUUAACGCAUCUUCCCUCAUUGUAUAGGAGACACUGGUUGUUCUCGGAGAAUAAAUGAUUGGAGCCUUUCUUAAACAAAAUAAUUUCCAGGGCAAUGCCAAUAUUUUUCACACGUGGUUCUUUAUUGAUCUUUGUCCUGAUGGAAGGAAAUACCUCUUGUAUUAUACAUUGAAACAUUUUGUGUAGGCUAAUCUCGUCCCUUAGCUUCUAUGGGAUUUUUAAAGUGUGUUAUGAUGAUAUUGACAGAAGCACAGCUAUGACCACAUUUGAUCAAACUUUUUUUUUAAACUUAUCUCUGUGAGGGGUUACUUUUUUCAUCAGCUACUAUGAAUUUAUUACACCUUUGGCCAAAAACCAAUGAAAAAUUGUGAAUUUUGAAAAACUUAAAUGAAUAAUGCUGAAAAUCAUGAGGUAUUUACUUCUGUCAAGGCUUGUAUAAAACCCAUAUGUCAAAAAUAUUGGUGCUGGUUUUAGCAAACAAAUCAUUCACAUUUAUUCCAUUGCUGUUGCUGUAUCGUUUGAGGAGUAACAGCCUUGUCCAUGUGCUACGAUGAUUUUAUUUUAAGUUUAUAGCUCAAAUACCAGAGAAACUUCUCCUUCUUUUAAAAGAAGCAUUCUUUCUCUCCGUCCACUUUGACUGACAGUAUUUCUGCUUAUUGGCUGUGCUCUCUGACUAUUAAGGAGUGUAGGCUGUAUGCGAGGAAGGAAAUUUAUAUAAACAUUGUUAUCAGCUGGAAAAAAAUAUACUGGUCAGUAGACGCGGCAAUCAGACUUAAAGAGAAUAUCGACCGACAAAUGCUAAGGCCAAAGGAAAGGUUUAGAAAAGCAGAGCCACAGAGAUCACAGUGCAUACAGAAAUGAGCUUCCAAGGCCAUGCUUUCCCUUUCCUGUAACAACCAGUUUUCACUGCUGAGCUUCCUGGCAAGUGUCCACUUAUUUUCCAAUUAAUUUGGCCUCAGAGAGUCUUUUCUCAGCUCAUCUACAUGGUUAAAUGAACAGACCUCCCUGCACUUUUUCAAAUAGUCUAAAAAGUUUACACGCCCCGUAACAUCUAACUGUAAAUCAAUAGUUUUGCAUCAUAAAAAAUGUGUUACUUUAUUGCAUGGAUGGUCAUCGACAAAUGGAACUUUUCUGAGCUCAUCCCCAUCGAAUGCAACUGAAAUCAAAUCACAGCUUAACAAACUUCAAGAACUUUAAGAUUCAACUCUUCACACUUUGCAUUACGCAACUUUCCUAAUCUCUGAUCCCAGAUAAUUAGCUUUAUAAUAGCAGAGACUGAAACAUUAGAUCGGGAUUUGCCAGGUUAAAUCUUGCAAUGAGUAAUGGCCUCUAACGUAAACAUCAUGUAGCAGACAUCCUCAUGGAGUCAGCACAAAAGAGUAUAUAUAUAGCACAUGAGGUGAUAGGAUAUACAAAAUGUUUAUCUUAAAUGUUGACCUAGAAUAACUUGAUGUUAAACACUGAUCAUUAUAGGCUCCUUUUGAAUUUAUUUGACUAAAAUAUGCUCUUGUGUGCUCUUGAUUUAACACUUUGCUGGCGAGAAUGGAUGUUUUUAAUUAUAACAUAUAGAAUGUGGCUUCCUCUAAGAGAAAACUGUGUUCAUGUCGCUUUGUGUUGAGGAAUGAUGCAGAGUGAGGCGGAGACUACUCCAAACUAUUUCCACAUCUAAAUGAAGCCAUGUAAUUACAACUUUGCAAACUCAGUAUUUCAUCAGUUAUCAUCUCACUGUCGCUGUCACUUUUGUUUUGUGACACUUUUGUAAUGGACAGAUAUAUUUUGUAAAAUUUAUAUGAUCCCCUCCAUCCCACUUCCGCAAUAUAGUUUAGUGGUUGAACAACAAUACAGGCUGCACCAUGUUCUUCUGAACAAUAAUCCUGUGUAAUGUGUGAAUGUUAUAGAUAUACUGUAUGUCAAUGAUAUGUUAAACAACCUCAGAAACAACCCCCUCUUAAUAGUGCUUCUCCAAGAAUAAUUUAUUUUAGGUUUUUUUUAUGUUCUAUUGUCUAAAAGUGGGUGGUUGAACGCUCUGAAAUUGGAAUUUGCCUCAUCCUCGUUCUCUGCUCCAUGUUGGAUCUGAGCCAACAUCAGCAGCCAUCUUUGUGCCAAACUGGGUUGCAGGGUUGGCUGAUCAAAAACAAUAUGUGAUGAGAACUCCACAGGAGCAACAAAUCAUAAAUGUGACCUCAGUCCGCUUGCAGUUGAAGGCAGCCUUGUGCUAAUGUUUGUGUUUAACUGUUUGAUUUAGUCUCCGUGAAGUUGGCCUUGGGCAAGGCAAUAGGCUUGGGCUCAUUCGUGACGAUUACUAAUUACAGGAUUUUUUAAAAAAAUACUCACGUUUGAAGAGAUUUCAAUAAUGUGUAGAUAUUAUAGGUUACUCAUGUCAUCUUAUGGACUAAAGGGUGGCUUCAGGGAUUUUGUGGUCUUCAACAGUGACACUAUGGUGUUCAGAUGGAGUCGAUACUCACUGUUUUCUGUUGUGUUGUGUUUCCUUUUCAUUACAGUAUAUCCUCAUGUUUGCAUGUGCACGGAAAUGUUCCAAAGUGCUACCCUCAGAUGCUGCGGGUGGUGCUCAUUUCUUUAUUAUGCAUGAAAAUACAAGUCACAUUGGGUGAAAUGGGAUAAACCCAACAACAAUUCAAGACAGACAAUUGAAAACACACACUGGGAUAACUGUUCUGUUGGCUUUUUUUUUCUUUUUUUCUUUUUUAAGAAAACAAGGGGUCUUGUUUAAAAUGUUGUGGAUGUCUUUAGCCUAUUUCAUGUUUUUAUUACCUUAUAAUAAGGUCCUUUUAUGAUGAGCUGAAUAUUGAAAUGAAUUUUACUAUAUCCUUGUGAUGGGGAGAUGUGCUCCCCUGUUUACCUGGCACUUCAGUUUGUUGUAAUGCAAUUGUUUUGUUAUUUCUAUGU